AUACAGUUGCUAAAGUGAUUGACAAAUUUGAGGAUGAAACUGCAGAUGACAUUUUCCCUGCUGGUAAUAUAAGGAAAAAAGCUUCAGCCUCUCUUCUGGAAGAUGAUAAAAGGUACAGUGGAAAGGCUACAUCUCGCAAAGCCUUGCAGGAAGAGCUCUGGGGAGAUGCUCUCUCUGAAGGAGGAUCUGCUGAAGAAGAGUUAGACGAGUGGUACAGUGGCAGUGAAGGUUCUGAAGAGAAUGGCAGCUUGGGCAGUGAGGCAAAGGGGAAGCCCAGCAGUGCUGGCAGUGACCAGGAGGAUGAGUUGGAAGAUGAUGAAGAGACAGACCAAGGCCAAGUCAAGGCCAAGGCGCCCGAGUUCCGUUUCCAGAACAUCACAGACUUGGAGAAAUUUACUGAGGGAAUGGAUGAUGUGGGAAGCAGCGAGGGGGAAGAUGAUGGUGAUGAUGAUGGUGAUGCUGAUGAUGAUGCCAGCAUGGAAGAAGGAAGUGAUGAGGAUGAAUAUGGGAGUGAAAACCAUGACAGUGUGAAGGAAACCAAAGACGGUGAAGAUGAUGGGGGGAUAAUGACAUUCUCAAACAGACAAGACACUGAAGAAGUAGAAAAAGGAAAAGCCUUGAAGAACCAGCUAGCACUGAGGGAUCAACUACUGGAAGGGAGGAUCAAGAUGCAGAAGGCACUCAUGACAGCCAACAGGCUUCCCCAGCCAGACACUUACCCAGCCUUCAGAGAGGAGGGUGGACAGGAGUUUGACAACGCGGUCAAGAGCUGUCUUAAAGCCCUGGAGGCGUUGCUGAAAGUAUUAGUGGAGCUUCAGGAUGAGCUGCUUUAUCAAUACCCAGGCACGAGGCACCUGGUAGAUGGCAAACAAUCAAAAGCUGAGAGUGAUGAAGAAAUCCCCAGCAGUAGUGAUGAAGAGCAAGUGGGUAAGGCUCAGGAGAAGAGGAGGAGCCUCCCCAAACGGAAGCUGAGGAUGGAGGACUACCCCGAGUUCAUAGCCAAGCGCUACGCCGACUUCAGGACCUAUCGGAACAAGGUCUUGCAGACGUGGCACGAGAAGACCAAGCUGGCAUCUGGCAAGAUGGGAAAGGGUUUCGGUGCCUUUGAGCGUUCCAUCCUGACUCAGAUUGAUCAUAUUCUGAUGGACAAAGAGCGAUUGCUCCGGCGGACGCAGACCAAGCGCUCGGUGUACACAGUGCUGGGGAAGAAGGAGCCUCAGCCAGCCCCUGAACCUGUGCCUGACAGCUCGGAAGUCCUCCCUCAGUCAGAGUCCAACAGGCACCUGAAGGACAUAGAUGAGGAGAUAUUUGAUGAUGAUGACUUCUAUCACGAGCUCCUUCGAGAGUUUAUAGAACGUAAAACCACUUCAUGGGACCCCAAUGACCAGGUGGCAAUGGGCAGGCAAUGGCUGGCCAUCCAGAAGCUACGAAGAAAAAUAAAGAAGAAAGUGGACAGAAAAGCCAGUAAAGGAAGGAGGAUCCGGUAUCACGUCCAUAGCAAGCUGGUGAGCUUCAUGGCACCUAUUGACCACUGUACAAUGAAUGAUGAUGCCAGGUGA